AUGCUGAUGCUAGGCCGGGAAAUUAAUCUUCCCGCUGAUUUGAUGUUUGCCCAGUGCCAGUCGGGGGAAGCUCAGGAAGUUGGGGAUUACAUCUCAGAAUUGGUUUGUUCCAUUCGGGACGCCCACGAUACUGCCAGGGAGACCCUCAAGGAGACUCAGAAGCGCAUGAAGAAGAAUUACGAUCUGCGUGUUCUGAAGCGGCCUUACCAACGUGGGGAUAGGGUGUAUAUACUCGAUAACAGCACCCCCAAAGAUAAUGCGGAUGAUGCCCCAGGAACGCUGUAUUGCAGUUGUCACAAACCCUUGGCAGGCGCCUUUAUGAUUCAGUGUGAUUAUUGUGAUGUCUGGUAUCAUGGCUCAUGUGUCAACAUCUCGCCAUCGGAUGCCCUGGACAUUGAUUUGUAUAAGUUUGCCCAGUGUAGAAACCCUGGCCAGUUGACUAUUCACUAA